AUGGUUAAUUAUCAAACUUGGUUAAAGGAAAUUGACGACAAUACCAGACUUUCUAAAUUGUCAAUCCCAGGAACUCACAAUUCUGCAGCUUGUCACACUGCAUUACCUUCUGUUAGAUGUCAAGGUGAAAGUGUUACGAAACAAUUGGAACACGGUGUUAGGUUUUUAGAUGUUCGUGUUGGGAAAUUAUUUGUUGGUAAUGAUGUAAAAGAUUUACAAGUCAUUCAUGGAAAAUUCCCAGUUAAGAUUCCAUUCCCCUUGAAAUUGUCGACUACUUUGGAAGAAGUGUAUGCGUUUUUGGAAUCAAAUCCUUCUGAAACUGUUUUCUUGUCAUUGAAGCAAGAAGGCUCAGAUGAUUGGGAUAAUGAACAUGAUGAAUUUGGUAAUUUGAUUUGGGAUAAGUAUGUUAAUCCUAAUAAGGAUAAAUGGUAUUUGAACACUGAUAUUCCAAGACUUGGUGAUGCUAGAGGGAAAGUAGUCUUAUUCAGAAGAUUUGGAGUUAAGGAUGAACAAAGACUGAAAGAAUUUGGAUUUAGUGCAGAUUGGUGGUCUUAUAAUACAACCGAUGAAGAUCGUGGUCAAUAUGUUGUUCAAGAUUUUUGUGAAGUUCAGACUGCUGAUGAUUUACCUAAGAAGAUUGAUUAUGUGAAAAAGUUUGCGAAGAGAACCGAAGAUUAUACUAAUGGUAGCGAUGAUAAAUUGUUUCUUAAUUUCACUUCAUCUUCCAAUUUCUUUGAUAAACAAUGUUGGCCAGAAGCUGUUGCUAAAGCUAUGAUUAAGGGUGGACUUGGGGAUACCAUUAACAGAGGUGUUGGUAUCAUUAUUUUGGACUAUGCUGAAAGUGAUGAUUGGAGCUUAGUUAAGAAAUUAGUUGAUUCCAAUUUUUAA